ACCAAAAAUAUCUUGCGACGACAUGUAAUCUUGGAACCUAAUUAGUUUAGAAUUCUAUAAAAAGAUACUAUUGGAGGAGAUUACAUCCUUCUCAUCUCACUUUAUUCCUCUAAAAUCUACUCCUUUUUAUUUAUUUUUCUCUCAAAACACACUCUUUUCAACUUUUCCACACCUUAAAAAGAUCUCUCAUGGCGAUGUCAUUAUCAGGAGCUGCUCUCAGUGGGAUUAGUUCUUCUUUCCACAGUGGAGGAGCCAAGCUUAGCGGCGUUGGCGCCGUCAGAGUUGGCCGGAAGACUGAGCUGGUCGUCAUUGCUCAGCACAAGAAGUCGUUGGUCUACGCCGUUAAAAAUGACGGCAACAUUCUCGAUGACAUCAACGAAGCCACAAAGAAAGCUUCGGAUUUCAUGACGGAGAAGACAAAGGAGGCAUUGAAAGAUGGCGAGAAAGCAAAAGACUACAUUGUAGAGAAAACCGUUGAAGCCAAAGAUACGGUGGUGGAGGAAGCUCAAAAAUCUUCAGAAUUUGCGAUGGAGAAAGGAAAAGAAGUCGCAAACACGGCGGCUGAGUUCGUAGAGGGUAAAGCAGAAGAGGCUAAGGAAGCCAUUAAGCCCUGAUUCAACCACUUAAAACUAGUUAACAUAUCUAUUGAUCCUCUUUUUAUCUUUCUUCAUCUUCAAUAUUUUUUUUCUUUUAUGUUGUUCACCAUUUGUAAUAACGAUAUGUUUGUUAUUACAUUCUAAUUUCGUUUGCUCA